AUGUCCCAAUUAGAGAGAGCAAGGGAAUUGGUCAACAACAAGGAAUAUGCGGAGGCAGAGAAGGCUUAUUUGGAGCUGUUGAAUGACACCGAGAAUGCAAGUUCCAGUAAGCGUAAAAACGAACUCGAAAGCUGCCUGAUCGAGUUGGGACACUUGUACGUGACUACGAAUGAUAAAGCUAAGUUGCGCGAGUAUAUUCCAAACACCACGGGUUAUAUGAUGCAAUUUGCGAAGUCUAAGACUGCAAAGGUGUUGAAAGCUUUGAUCGAGGAUUUUGAACAGGUGCCUGACUCUUACGAUGACCAGAUUUAUGUUUGCCAAAAGAGCAUUGAUUUUGCCAAGAAGGAGAAAAGAGUGUUUCUGCAACAUUCGCUGUCUAUCAAGCUGGCAACAUUGUAUUAUCUCAAGAAACAGUACAAGGACUCGCUGGAUCUGAAUAAGGAAUUGCUGAGGGAGUUCAAGAAACUCGACGAUAAGCCUUCUUUGGUGGAUGUGCAUUUACUCGAUAGCAAAGUUUACCACAAGCUGAGAAACCUGGCGAAGGCUAAGGCUUCGCUGACGGCUGCAAGAACUGCAGCAAAUUCUAUCUACUGCCCCACUGCCACCGUUGCAGAGCUGGACCUGAUGAGUGGGAUACUACAUUGUGAGGACAAGGACUAUAAGACGGCAUUUUCGUACUUUUACGAAAGUUUCGAGAACUUCCACAAUUUGUCUACACAUACUUCCUACGAGAAAGCCUGUACUGUCUUGAAAUACAUGCUUCUUUCGAAAAUCAUGUUGAACUUGAUAGAUGAGGUGAAGACGAUACUGAAUGCCAAGUACACAAAGGAGACAUAUCAGUCUCGUGGAAUCGAUGCGAUGAAGGAAGUCGCAAAGGCAUACAACAGUAGAUCCCUGCUGGACUUCAAUGCGGCCAUGAGACAGUACAAAGAGGAAAUAAUGGGCGACGAACUGAUCAGAUCUCACUUUAAUGCAUUGUACGACACAUUACUGGAAUCGAAUUUAUGUAAGAUCAUCGAGCCAUUUGAGUGUGUCGAGGUCUCGCACAUCUCUAACAUGAUUGGCCUCGAUCCACAGCAGAUUGAAGGUAAGCUUUCCCAAAUGAUAUUGGAUAAGGUAUUUUUCGGCGUCCUAGACCAAGGCAAUGGUUGGCUAUACAUUUAUGACACACCUCAUCAAGAUGCCACUUAUGAUUGUGCAUUGGAACUUAUCGGGCAGCUGGACACAGUUGUCGAUCAACUGUACGAGAAAGCCAGUGUUUUGUACUAA